AUGAAGGUUGUUGCACUUAGUGCUUUUCUGGUAUGCGCUUCCGCUGGCGGUGCCGGCCUUGGCUAUGGAGCAAGUUUCGACGGUAAAAGUGGCUACGGCACAGGCCUUGGGUUCGGAGCAGGACUCGCCGGUACAGGAGGUUAUGGAGCCGGUGUUGGCUACGGUGUUGGCGUCGGAAGUAAAGGUGGAUAUGGAUAUGGAACCGGGCUAGGCACUGGUCUUGGACAUAAUGUAGGACUUGCCUACGGUGGUGACUUUAGCAGUAAGGGGGGAUAUGGAGCUGGUCUGGGGGCUGGACUGGGUUACGGUGCAGGACUCGCAGGUAAGGGAGGCUACGGAGGAAGUCUUGGCUAUAGUUCUGGCUUCGGCAGUAAAGGUGGAUAUGGAUUUGGGUCUGGGCUGGGCGCUGGCCUUGGUUACGGCCUUGGUGGUCUUGGUCACGGUGCAGGACUCGCCGGCAAGGGAGGAUACGGAGGAGGUCUUGGCUUCGGCGGGAAAGGUGGACAUGGAUACGGAACCGGGCUGGGCACUGGCCUUGGUUACGGCGCAGGGCUGGCCGGGAAGGGAGGAUACGCAGGAGGCCUUGGCUUCGGCGGUAAAGGUGGAUAUGGAUACGGAGCCGGGUUGAGCGCAGGCAUUGGUUACGGUGCAGGACAGGCCGGUAAGGGAGGAUAUGGAGGAGGUCUUGGCUCUGGUUCUGGCUUCGGCAGUAAAGGUGGAUAUGGAUUUGGAGGCGGGCUGGGUGCAGGACUCGACCUCGGUGCUCGCCUCGGUGCUGGUCUUGGCAGUGCAGCUGGAGUUGGCUUCGGUGGUGGUCUGGGGGGUGGUGCGGGACUUGGCCUCACAGCAGGCCUCGGUGCUUCAGUUGGCAUUGGAGGCGGUCGCACUCUCGCUGGAGGUGGAGUAGCCAGUGCUCCCCGUCUCGUGGGUGUAGGCCCAGCUGUUGCUGAACCCGUGGUCACCGUAUCGGUUCUGAGGCAGCCAGUUGUGAAGCAACACCACGUCACCCGCCAAGUGGUCAACUAUGUCAGGGCACCUGUCACUACCGUCUCUCACAACGUCAGACCCGUCGUCCUCAACCAUGCUGCUAGCGUUGGAGGUGCUGGCCUCGGUGCAGCUGCUGGCUUCGGUGCCGGAGGUGGCUUCGGUGCAGGUGCUGGUCUCGGUGCAGGUGUUGGCCUAGGUGCAGGUGCACGAGCUGGUGGCUACGGCGGUGGCUACGGCUUGGCAGGUGGAUACGGAGCUGCUGGCGGCCUUCAUGGAGGCUAUGGAUCAAAGGGCGGAUACAGAAAGGGGACCUACUGA